AUGGCGUUACCGGUGUCGAUUUUCGACGAUCCGUUGCUGGAGGAGAUGCCGUUUUACGUCGAAACGUCGAAGCGGAAGUUGGAGAUUGGGUCCAUGUCUCCGGUGGCGGCGAAUCGCAAACGAUUGAGCAUUGACGUUCCUGAACCGUUUGACGACGUGUGCGAGAGCUCUCCGCUCGGUAUUCCUCGCCAACGCCGUCGUUUGAGCGCUAACGGCCGUCGAACGACGCUUCACGAGUUGUUAUCGCCCAGACGCACGCUCAACAUGGGCGUGAGCGAGGAGUCCAAGCGCGUGCACGAUCUCAAGCCCACAGAUUUGGACAGCGCGCGCGAAACCCCGCAAGUCGUCGCUCAGAAAGCGGUUUCACGCUCGCAGUCCCUGAGCUCGAUGGCGCGCGACGCCGACGGAAGAGUAUCGCCCACCGGCGCCUUCAAAGCGGCGCUUCGAUCGCCCGAAAUCGUCGGCCCGCGCGACACGCUCUCGAGACAACUCAGUCGAGGCCUGUCGUGCGAAAAGUUAUUUAACACCUCCGCGUCGCCCGCUCGCGUCGCGUGAGAUCCCAUCCCGUUGUAAAGUAUCAUCUUAAACC